UUAUUUUCCAUAUUUGCCGAAUGGAAUAUUGCGAUAUGUUCAGCUCAAUAUAAUGAGCUGUCACUGGAAUAAUUUUAACACUUGUUGGACGAGUGGCUUAGAAAUGUCAGCAGUCUGAAUUUGAUUGCAGUUCUUUAUCUCACCUAUUAUACCUCAUUUCAUACGUAACGUACACGGCAAAUUCUUUUAAAAGCUCAUUCAUUCAAACAAUCUUAAAAGUCAAUUUGCAUUAAAUAUCGAUAGAAAAAUCUCAAAAUGUUAUUACCCACAUAGGUGUUAUUUUUAAUAUUUGAUCUUGUUAUUUCAUUAUUUAGGAGUCUGAAAGUUGAACUCUCCGGAUCUGCACUACGAACUGUGCGUGCCUUAAGACAACUGGGAACAGAGGCAAUAUUUUUUAGCGCAUGCGGUGAUGAUCAGGCGUCAAAAAUAAUCAGUCGGCUACUCAAAAUGGAAGAUAUGGACAGAAGUUUUCUACGAGUCCAAACUGUGGAGAAUGUUCCAACUGGACGCAGAGUAUCCUUAUCAUACAAUGACUCCAGAGCCUUGUAUACGAACUGUGGUGCUUCAGCUCAGUUUUCCGUUAAUUUCCUUGAAUUUGCAAUUAACGAUAAAAACUCGUCCAUCUUGAGGCCAGAAAAUCGUGUUCAAAUCUUCUACAUUGAAGGAUGUUUUAUUCCCAAAAGAGAAGCGGUGACGACUUUCAUUGUUCGUAGCUAUAUUCAGGGUCGUCGAUAUAUCGCCCUUAAUCUCAGUGCCGAACACAUAGUCCGGCAGAAUUUUAAUCAUUUGCUGUACAUAGUGAGUAAUGCUCUCUUUGUAUUUGGAAAUUCGGCAGAGUUUCACGAAUUCUGCGAAUGUUGGGGUGCCUCAAGUACCAGAGAAUUGGCUGAGGGCAUUGUAAAGAAUAAACAAGCGCCUAUCAUUUUUGUUAUAAACAAAGGGGACGAUGGCAUUGAUUUGAUUAGUAACUAUUUUCGUGAAGGUUGCGCACCUGGACCACUGACAUUUCAAACAUUCAAUGUACCACCGUCAGCUGGCGAAGACGAUCCUUCGGCCGAAGUGUCAGAUGCCUGUUUUGUGGCCGGCUUUUUGCAUGCGUGGUUGCAGAAAAAGGAAUUAAGUCAAUGCGUACGUGUGGGCUGUCACUAUGCUGCCAAGGGAGUGCAGCCGGGCAGCGGAUCGGAAUCAAAGCCUACAACACCGACAUAAUUUUGUAAACGUUAAAGUUGUAUCAAAAUAAAAAUAAAUAUGCUUUGAUAUCUAUGUGUGUGUUCUUCACACACUCACAUACGCUUUAUUAAAUUAUUUACAAUAAAA